CCGGUUUUUAUUAUUUUUUUCAAAUACACUUGCUGUUUUUGAAAAAAUCUCUGCACCUGGCCUAUUAAACCGCGUUUUUCUUUUUUUAUUCCAACUUUGCAAAUUUCUACGCACAUUUUGGUACCAAAAACGUCCCAGUCCGACAACUCUAGCACAUUCACUACCGCGAUUCCCCUCAUUUCGACAUCGCAACAACAUCAUCUCGACAUUAGAUCGUCAUCUACAAACAACCAGUUACCAGACAAAGCUCAAACUUUGUCAGAACCUCUUUCUUCAAUUACCAAAACUACUGGUAAAAUUUUAACCCGAUCAGGUAAGCGGCUGCAUAGUUCACUUUCGCCAUCACUGAUCCCUGCUGACAUGACGCGUACCCUGCCUCGAUCUCGAGUUGAUGACGUCAGCACCCCUUCGAGAUCAGCUCAUCUCGAUCUCGACAAAGACGUUGUCUUUGACUUUGGUGUUUCUGUUCCCCCUUCUUGCUCUGGUGUUGACUCUUUACCAGAAGUAGGUAAUGUUGCUUUGCUCUCUUCGGUCCCUUCGGUUUCUUCUCUCUCUCCUUCCCCUCCUGCUUGGUUUGCUGCUUUCCAGGCCAAGUUUGAGCGCCAUGAGGAGCGCUUGGCCCAACUGGAGUCCCUGGUCGCCGAGAACUCUGCCCUCAAGAAGGAGCUGGCUGCCGCCCGUUCUAGAAUCUUGGAGCUUGAGUCCCAAGCUGGCUCGUCCACUGCCUCUCCCUUGGAGAAUGAUCUGGUUGCUGCUCCCUCUUCUUCUGUCUCGCCUUCUGCUGCUGGCUCCAAGUGGGCUCAAGUUGCCAAGAGGAACCCUACGCCUGCGGAGGCCUUUGAUGGUCCUCGCUUUGAAUACGUCUACUUGCCAAACAAGUACCGUGACCGUCUCUCCGCCUUCCGCCGCAAGCUGCGACUGAUCGGGCUGGAUAACAGCCGUGUACUUGAUGUGCACUAUCCGGCUCGUAACGUCGUAGCCUUGUUGAUCCAUUCGGCCUAUAAGGAGGAUCUCCUUAAGGUCAUGGCCAAGUACUCGCUUCCGGUCUUGACUGACUUUGAUCCUUUCUCUGCGGCCAACGUCAAGGAUCCUGCCUUUGCGUCUUUGGAUGCUGAUGCUCUCUCUGCCAAAGCACGCGAGUUGCAGCAAGCUCGUCUUGUUCGUGCUCUUGGCUACAUCCGUGAACAGGUUCGUAGACAGGUGGCCUACGACUUUGUCCGUCAAGGUUGGCUGACCAAGGAGCAAGCUGGCUCCGUGGUUGGUUCUCUCUCCGCUGUGGCUGGUGCUGGUGCUGGUGCUGGUGCUGACGCUCCCUCUGUCUCUGCUUCCAGUAUGGAUUUUACCUUGGCCGGUGAUGGUGAACCGGUCUCCUCCUCUUAA